UUCCUUGUCGCUGAAAUACUACGUCACACUCACAUGUGGAACCUCAGCUGUAGCCAGACAUCAUAAAAACGUUUACGUUUUUUUUGUUUAAAUCGAUCAUUCGUAUAUAUCUUGUAGUAAACUAAAUUAGACAUGGCCUCAAGUUGUCGAAGACCCGAGCAUAUGGCUCCGCCUGAAAUUUUCUAUAACGAAGAGGAGGCCAAGAAAUAUACUCAGAAUUCUCGGAUGAUUGCGAUCCAGAGCCAGAUGUCUGAGAGAGCUGUGGAGCUGCUGAACCUGCCUGAGGACCAGCCCUGUUUCCUGCUCGAUGUAGGGUGUGGCUCCGGGCUAAGUGGGGACUACCUGUCAGAGGAGGGACAUUGCUGGGUUGGAGUGGACAUCAGCACAGCCAUGUUGGAUGUAGCGCUGGAUCGGGAGGUGGAGGGAGACCUUGUGUUGGGGGAUAUGGGGGAGGGAUUGCCCUUCAGGCCUGGGACCUUUGAUGGCUGCAUCAGUAUUUCUGCUCUCCAGUGGCUCUGCAAUGCUGACAAAAAGACUCACAGCCCCCCCAAGAGGCUCUACACCUUCUUCAGUACACUCUACUCCUCCCUGUCAAGAGGAGCCCGUGCAGUCUUUCAGCUUUACCCAGAGAACUCUGAGCAGCUGGAACUGAUUACAUCCCAGGCCAUGAAGGCAGGCUUCAGUGGAGGCAUGGUGGUGGACUAUCCUAACAGCACCAAGGCCAAAAAGUUCUUCCUGUGUCUGUUCGCUGGGUUUUCAGGAACCCUACCCAAGGGGCUGGUGUCAGAGACAGUGGACAGGGACGUCCCAAAUCAAGUCCAAUUCACAGGACAGAGAUCUCGCUUUAAGAACAUGAAGGGCAAGUCUGCAAAGAAGGGAAAAGACUGGGUCCUGGAGAAGAAGGAGAGGAGGAGAAGACAGGGCAGGGAGGUCCGAGCUGACACAAAGUACACUGCCAGGCAGAGAAGGCCUCACUUUUAAACCCCGGUCAGUCCUGUGUGUUCCAGCCCGGAGGUUCACACUCAUGAAGUACUACUGUCCUUCCUGUGUGACCGGAGGAGCUGUGACCGGCAAGAUUUAAACUUAAAUGGACUCAAAUCAAUCCUACUCACUUAAAAAACGGGUGGAUUAAAAUCUUUAUUUUCUUCCCAUUUUAGAAGUUGAUGGUUGUUUUUUUCCGGGAGUUGUCUCUCUAUCAGUGGAAUGGAAAUUUAUUCAUAUCAAUUUGAGAAUGUGAUUCCCACUCACGCUGGUGACUGCCAGUUGCUGUGGUUACCUAGACUGGUUGCUAGGCUUUGUUUAGCUAUAACAUUCCUAGAGAGGGGACAGUUUCUGUACUUUCCACUCCUUCUGGUGUCAUGUGCCACUAGAGCAUGUGGAGUGGAAAGUUGUAGCUAAACAGUGACUGGCCACCAGUCUAAUGAUUAUCUGGUUGUGGUCCCUAUCCUCUGGACAGAAACUGGCCCCUCUCUAGGACAUGACCCCCUAUCCUCUGGACAGAAACUGGCCCCUCUCUAGGACAUGACCCCCUAACCUCUGGACAGAAACUGGCCCCUCUCUAGGACAUGACCCCCUAUCCUCUGGACAGAAACUGGCCCCUCUCUAGGACAUGACCCCCUAACCUCUGGACAGAAACUGGCCCCUCUCUAGGACAUGACCCCCUAUCCUCUGGACAGAAACUGGCCCCCUCUCUAGGACAUGACCCCCUAUCCUCUGGACAGAAACUGGCCCCUCUCUAGGACAUGACCCCCAAUCCUCUGGACAGAAACUGGCCCCUCUCUAGGACAUGACCCCCUAUCCUCUGGACAGAAACUGGCCCCUCUCUAGGACAUGACCCCCAAUCCUCUGGACAGAAACUGGCCCCUCUCUAGGACAUGACCCCCUAUCCUCUGGACAGAAACUGGCCCCUCUCUAGGACAUGACCCCCAAUCCUCUGGACAGAAACUUGCCCCUCUCUAGGACAUGACCCCCUAUCCUCUGGACAGAAACUGGCCCCC